AUGGGGGGGCGGCCCGGGGAGGCUUUGGGGGAUAAGCGGCAGACCCCCUGGAGCGGCCGCCUGGCCUCCUGUGAGGUCCCCAGGGCUGGCUCCUCGAGCCAGGCAGAAGCUGGGGGCGAGAGGCAGGCGUGGUGGCGGCAGAUCCCGUAUCCGCGAAGGGGCUGCCACUGCGCUUCGUCACUCAGCACCAAGACCCACGCCAGGGGCCCAGGAAAACCCCGGCAGCGCUUAUGGAGCACCGGCUGUGUGCCAGGCACCACUGGAAGUGCGGGGUCACAGCCGUGCCCGCGGCAGGCGCGCCCGGGGGAGGCGGGGGCCAACAGUGGAAAUGGCACUGACUUGGAAGGAGCCUCGGUCCCCACCUGCAACAUGACACUUGGGCCUUCCCGGUCCCUGGUUCUGAGCAUCCGGCUUCAGGCUCCAUCGAUGCAGCGAGGUCUCUCCGCCCCUGUUAGUCAUGGGGUGAAGGAGAUGGAGGAACGGAGUGCUGGGGCCCUGGGGCACAAACUCGGAACGCGGGACCAGAGGGACCAGCUCUGGGGCACAGCGGCCGCGGCCCUGCGGUCUCUCCCCGGCGCCGGGGCGGCGUCCAUGAAGGGCCCCGCUCUCCCUCGGCUCCUGUUUGGACUCUGGCCUCUCUGUGCCUCAGUUUCCUCGUCUGAACGAGGAACGGGGGCGGGGAGAAGAGCCAAGCGGGCCCUGGGCAAGACUCCCCCAGCCGGCCGUCACGGCCCCACCUUCCCCUGGACACGCCCCUGCGCCCAGGGCCAGACGGAUUUUCAGACGCGCAAACGGCCCGCGGCCUCGGGGCGCCGCACAGCCGCCCAGCCGGGAGACGGGACGCCCUGCCCAGCCUCCGCUGCCCCGCCCGCCGCUCCGGCCAUGGCGCGCCCGCGCCGCGGCGCCCUGCGCGUCCCGCACGGUGAGAACUCUGGGGGCCCCCGGGCAGCAGCCCUCGGCACGGCUGCCCCUCUUCGCUGGAGAAACGGGAGGCAGCUGCUCUUCACCUGGACGCGGUGCCGGGACCCUCCCGCGGGGCGCACCCCGCGCGGCCGCCGGCUCGCCGGCAGGGGCGGCCCCCAGACCCAGCGGGGCCUCGGCCCUGCGCUGAAGGGACUCACGGCCUCGCCCUUGAACCUGACUUUUGCCGACUUCCCCGGGCCUCCUCCCCGCCCCGCCCAGGGCGGCCCUAACGGUUCUCGGGCGCCUGUUGCUGGAGCAACCGGGCAACAAAGAGCUUGGCUGGAGGAUGUGACCAGAUGGACCCGGAGCGCAGAGCAGCAGCUCCCUGCCAGCUCCUGUUUGGCCUACUUCCUGGCCCUGGAUGAGAAGGCCCGGCCCGCGGCCGCGGCCGGGGGGGAAAGGAGUGCCCAGCCCAGGCGGAGGGGACAGGGUGCAAAGGAGGCCCCUCCCGUGCGGGGUCUGGGGACCGGAAGACCUCUAAAGCCCCUGGGACUUGAGGAGGACCCCCAGACAUGCCCGGGAGUGGGGUGCCCCAGAGUGGCAGGAACAGCAGGGGAGGAGGGCCCGUUCGGCAUCACCCCAAGAGCCCACAGUGUCUUCCUGUGCGGGGAGCCCGGAGUGAAGUGUCACCGCUGGGCCCCAGGCCAGUCGUCGGGGCUGACACGUGGUGCUGUGUGUCUUGCUGACUCUGUGGGAAGCUGGAUUCCAGACCUGCACAGCGCCUGGCUCAGCCCUCACCCUCUGACCGUGGUCUCCGUGCCCACAGCCUCUGCCCCCACAGCCUGUGCUCGCUGGUGCCCUCGGAACUCCACGUGCGUCAGUGCCACCACCUGUCGCUGCGAUCCGGGAUUCAGUUCCUUGUCUGGGGAGAUCAUCACCAGCCCCGCGGAGAGCUGCGACGACAUCAACGAGUGUGGACCACCCUCGGCAGUGUCCUGUGGGAAAUUCGCAGACUGCCAGAACACGGAAGGGAGCUACUACUGCACAUGCAGCCCAGGAUACGAGCUUGUUUCUGGAGGAAGAAUGUUCAGGAACGAGAGUGAGAACACGUGUCAAGACGUGGACGAAUGUCAGCAGAAACCCAGAAUCUGUAAAGGCCGCAGCAUCUGCAUCAACACCCAGGGCAGCUACACCUGCAGGUGCCCGCCCGGCUUGGAGCUCAACCUGACGGAUCCGAAGCUGUGCACAGACGUGAAUGAAUGUACCUCGGGGCACAGUCCAUGCCACAAUUCCACCCACUGCCUCAACGUCGUGGGUGGCUACGAGUGCCGCUGCCGCCCUGGCUGGAAGCCGGUUCCUGGGUCCCCUGAUGGCCCCAACACCACCGUCUGUGAAGAUGAGGACGAGUGCAGCUCCAGGCGGCAUCAGUGUCACAACUCCACUGUCUGCAUCAACACCGUGGGCUCCUACGGGUGCCACUGCCGCCCUGGGUGGACACCGGUUCCUGGGUCCCCCAAUGGCACCAACAACACCGUCUGCCAAGAGAUCUUCCCCCCCUGGACUCCACCCUCUGGAAUCGAGAGCCAGCGUCUCUCCCGCUUCUUUGCGAGAGUCGAGGAUCUGCGCAGAGACUUCAUGUCUCUUCAAGCCUCAGCCCAGGACACCAUCCAGAACCUCAUCCAGUCAGUGGACAAGCUGGUCACCCCCAGGGACCUGGAGACCCUGGCCCUGUGUGACCGCCACCACACGGUCACCCACCUGCUCUCGGGCCUUGAAGACGUCCUGAGGACCCUGGCCAAGGCCAUGCCUGCGGGCUCCUUCACCUACUGUUCCCCUGAUGGCACCGAGCUGUCCCUGGUCAUCGGGGACCAGGGGAAUGGAAACGUCACCAUAGGCCAGAGCCACGCAAGGAUGCUGCUGAACUGGGCCGUGACCGCUGGACCUGAGGAGUCGGGCCCCACCAUGGCGGGCCUCCUCUCCAACCCGAACAUGCAGAAACUGCUGGCCGAUGCCUCCCUGGAGCUGGACCCCGAGAAGAAAGCUGAGCUGGAAGAGACCUAUGAACGUCCGGUCAAGGGCGCCCAGCUCAGGCUCCUCUCGGCCGUGAACUCAGCCUUUCUGAGCAACACCAACACGACGGCACUCGACACCCCCGUCACCUUUGCCUUCUCCCACCCUCAGGAGACGCCCGGGCCACAGGAGGAGCUGAUCUGUGCCUUCUGGAAGCGUGCUGCCAACAGGAGCGGGCACUGGGCCACCACGGGCUGCCGGACGCUGGGCAGCGGGAACAACAGCACCACCUGCCAGUGCAGCCACCUGAGCAGCUUUGCCAUCCUCAUGGCCCACUACGACGUGCAGGACCGGCCGCUGGCCCUGAUCACCCAGGUGGGGCUGUCGCUGUCGCUGGUCUGCCUGCUGCUGUGCAUUCUCACCUUCCUGCUGGUGCGGCCCAUCCAGGGCUCGCGCACCACCCUGCACCUGCACCUCUGCAUCUGCCUCUUCGUGGGCUCCGCCAUCUUCCUGGCGGGCAUCGACAACGAAGGCCGCGAGGUGGGGCUGCGCUGCCGCCUGGUGGCCGGGCUGCUGCACUACUUCUUCCUGGCCGCCUUCUGCUGGAUGAGCCUCGAGGGCCUGGAGCUCUACCUCCUGGUGGUGCGCGUGUUCCAGGGCCAGGGCCUGCGCAAGCGCUGGCUCUGCCUCAUCGGCUACGGCGUGCCCCUGCUCAUCGUGGGCGUCUCGGCGGCCGUCAAGACCCAGAGCUACGGCUACCGCCUCUACUGCUGGCUGGACCGGGCCGACGGCUUCCUCUGGAGCUUCCUGGGACCCGUGAUCUUCAUCGUCCUGUGCAAUGCUGUCAUCUUUGUGAUUACUGUCUGGAAGCUCGCGCGCAAGUUUUCUGAGAUCAACCCAGACGUGAAGAAACUCAAGAAGGCCAGGGUGCUGACCAUCACGGCCAUCGCGCAGCUCUUGGUGCUGGGCUGCACCUGGGUCUCCGGCCUGUUCCUCUUCGACCCGCAGCACCGGCUGCUCACCUACGCCUUCUCCAUCCUCAACUGCCUGCAGGGCCUCUUCCUCUUCGUGCUGUACUGCCUGCUCAACAGGAAGGUGAGGGAGGAGUACCGCAAGUGGGCCUGUAUGGUCGCCAGGAACAAGUACUCGGAGUUCACCUCCACAUCCGGCUCCAGCCACAAUCAGACUCGGGCCCUCAGGCCCUCAGAGUCCGGCAUGUGACAGGGUGCAGGACACAGCGCUUCAAGCCAGGCCAGCAGCUGUGGCGUCCGCAGCUUUUGCACAUGCUGAAGACUGUUUCCUCCUCUCCCACCACUCUGCUCUCCACUCUCCCGCCUCGGCCCCCGUGUGCCCCACCGAGGAGGUCAACAGUUGCCGUCAGGACUGAACCCCACAUCGCUCAGCCAGGGUGCAGAGUCAGACCCCCUGGGCUGCUUCUGGCUGCCUCUCUGCUCCACCCUGACCGGCCUGGACUCGGGGUGGGCUGGGAGCUGGCC